AUGAGGACCUCCAGGAAGGGCAGUGUGGAGAUGCCUGCGUUUGUGCGCCAGCUGGUCAAGGAGACGGAGAAGAGGAUGAGCUCAUUUUUCAAAGGUGGCCGAGGAGGAGCAUCUGAGGGGGAGCAUACAGCAGAAGGAGAGAGGGAGGAGGUGAUACCCAGCCCGUAUCUUGACAGGCCUGUGCUGGACAAACUGACAGAAGAGGGCUCUACACGGUGGGGGCUCACCUAUGCCCUGGGGAGCAUGCAGGGCUGGAGAGCUAACAUGGAGGACUUCCACAACUGUGUGCCCCAACUGGGAGGAGAGCUGACCGACUGGAGUUUCUUUGCUGUGUUUGAUGGCCAUGCAGGCAAUACUGUGGCACAAUAUUGCUCCCAGCACCUUUUGGGAAACCUGCUGAGCACAGGGGGAAUGGGACCAGAGGAUGACCCUGAAAAAGUGAAAGACUCAAUCAUUGAAGGCUUUCUCCAAACAGACAAGCAUCUUCAGACAGUGGCCCGCAGAGAGGGAUGGGAGAGGGGGGGCACAACUGCAGUGGCCGCACUCAUCUCUCCAUACUACAUCUACUUUGCCAACUGUGGUGACUCCAGGGCUAUGAUCUGCAGGUCAGGCCAGGUUUGUUUCUCGACCUGUGACCACAAACCGUACUGUCCUCUGGAGAAGGAGCGCAUCGAGAGCGCGGGGGGGUCUGUGUGUCUCCAGAGGAUCAACGGCUCCCUGGCUGUGUCCCGCGCACUGGGGGACUUCAGCUACAAAGGGGCUGAGAACAGGACUCCAUGUGAGCAAAUGGUGUCUCCUGAACCUGAGGUGUUUGUGCUGGAGCGUUCCCCGGCCGAUGAGUUCCUGGUUCUGGCCUGUGACGGAGUGUGGGACACGAUCACCAAUGAGGAUCUGUGCGCCUUCAUCCACAACCGCCUCCAAGUCUGCACUGACCUGAGGGACGUCUGCUCUCAAGUCAUUGACCUCUGUCUGUAUAAGGGCAGUUUGGACAACAUCAGCAUCAUUGUGUUGUGUUUCCCUGGCGCCCCCCAGCUGUCGGCGGAGGCAUUGCACCAGGAGGCUGAGCUGGAGGAUCUGCUGGAGUCUAAAGUGGCAGAGAUUUACGAAGAGUUGUGUUCCACCGGCGAGGAGCCCGAUCUCCUCUCUGUUCUCACGGUCUUGGCCUCCAGUGUCAUCCCUGGUUUACCCCCAGGAGGCGGCAUUCAGAGCAAGAGGAACUGCAUAAUCUCUGCAUACUAUCAGCAAAAAGAGCUACACAAGCCAACUGCCCCAAAUUGA